CAGUGGUAGUACAAGAACAGCCAGCCAUGGUCGUUCAGGAGAAAAUGGGAGGGUUCGGCCCGAACCUGGUAAUGAGGCAGCAGGUCGGGGUGGCGGAAGUGGCCGAGGCACUAAUCUUAUGCUACAGGGAAGAACGCUAAAGCUAUAAAGGUUAGAGUUCUCUUCCGCGACACAGUGCUAUUCUUUGUCUAUGCAGAAAUAUUAUUUUCCAAAAUAACCAGUACGAGUUGCAAGUGUUCGAGCAGAAUGUGAUUGGACCUAGCACUAGGAUCGUCUUCAACUCCACAAAGGCCGCGCGCUCUCAAUGGUGGUACGAAAUACUUGAAGAACAACCGCGGUUUUCAAGAAACCAUAGUCUUUGAUGUCUUAUAACUUACUUCAAGGACAAGGACAACGGUCUAGUAGUUUACCUAACUUGGAUCUUCUAACAUUCGGUGUGGAAAUGGGCAAUACGUAUUCGAUUUUUUCUUUCGGGGCUGAUGGAAUGCAGAUUGGCGAUUAUGAAAUGUCGGAAGACAGCUCCUUGGCCGAGCGUUGUUUCUGCGAAGCGUGCAGGGAAAUCAAUUUGGACGUAGUGACGAGUGAUCACUCGUCGGCACCCAUGAUGCAGCAGUUGAAUAGCAACAAGAUACCGGUCGUCUCAUACCACAAGCCCUUCAAAUGCACGUGCUGCGCUUGUCCCUGUCUCUGCACAGAUGCGUGCAUGCCGCAAAUCGAGGUAAUUCUAAUUCAUCGACUUGAUCUUUGCUGCAUUCGUUUUAUCGAGGUUUUUAGUUCCGGAACUCAGAUACAAAUGACAAGAUUACCGAGAAUCAGGUCAAUAUUUAAAUUUGAUUAGCAAAAUUAUCGACGCUUAGAGCACGUAGAAAAAUAACAGUAACCGCCAGUUGCUCGUCAUAUUUCCUUUAACUAAUAUCUUCCUUCAAUGUUCAUCCAACCUCCGUCGAUGGAGAAACGCAUCAAACUUCCAUGUUGAUUUGUUCCGAACCUCAGCGAUUUUUCUGUCGAAAGCAUUCAAAAUAGAAUCAAUAAUUUCAGGUUCACGAUGGGGUUGACCGUAGGAGGCUAGGCCACGUUCAGGAUCACUGCCGGUGGUGCUCAUCCAUGCAAGUUGUCCACGGCCCCGAUGGCCUUGCCAAAUAUCGUGUGAAAGGUUCACAUUGUCAGUUUGGAGCCUGUUGCAGGUGCGGGGAUGCUGAAUAUUAUGGUGUAAACUGAGACUGUACAAGUGGAAAAUCAUCAUGAGCUUCCGGUGGCCUUCAUCCUGUCUUCGUAUUACCUGCAAUAAGUAUGUAUCUUGUCAGUCUUGUUCUAUCGGAUUCACAAUCUAAGAAAAUGAAGUCAUGGACCUGGCGAAUGAAGCACCAAUCGGGAAACUUACGAAGCAGUCUCCUCAGGACCUGGCAGGCUUCGCGAGAUCCUUGCUAGCAGAUGCGGAGACCUUCUCCAUUCGCAUGCCCAGCACUACUCCGGAACUCGACAUGAAGUUGCUCCUUGGUACCGAAGAGACAAAGUUGUUGAAUAGUGCUGCAUCGGGUAGCUGCUCCUGUAAUACCAAUGCAUAAACAUAUCUCACUUUUCCUCAUUAUUUUUUCGACAUUGACGUCGUUAUUUCUGGUUCUCGUGUGGUUCACGUCUUUCCCUUUGUCGCGUAGAUCACUAGCUUAGCUCCAUUAAUUCAAGCGUGCUGUUUGCAACUGGACCGAUUGACAGCACGAAGUCCAUCAUAACCGAAUUUUUUGAAUUCAGGCGCUGCUAUAAUGGUCGACUUUCGGCAUUAUCAAAACCGAGCUCGAGAGAGGCACCGCCAGCAACGCGAGCGGGUUGGUAAUGCUUUUGGUUUUGCUAAUAGCCGUAAUCUCUUUUAUCCGGCCGACUCUGAAGAUGCUGCGGAAGAUUAAGGCUCCCGAUAAUUCACCCUCAAACCAUUUGAAUCAACACCGAUCAUGACCGGCGGGAGUUUUCGACCUUCUUCAUCUGUCUAUCGUCUAGUUUUUACUUACACCAUCCUCGACGUAGAGUCAUGUGCGGGAGGGGAACUCGGCAAGAAGGGUCCCCUGCUCAAUCUAACCUGGAGACAUAGCCAUUUUUACUCUGUUUUUUUUAUCAUCUAUAUACAUCGCUGUUGCUACACGAAUUGAAUUGUGAUUUUUAAUUUCUCUAAGAAAUAAGCGAGUUGGAACGCGAGGCGCUUUUUGCAGGUAGCGAUAGCACAACCUUUGGCGCAACUGCUGCUACGGGAGGUGAUUCCGUCACUGCUCGCAGAAAGUCCAAGGGCUUGGAAGAGGUCUAGGAAAAAACGGAUGUGUCUAUGACGAAGCUGUUGUCUAGAAGCUUUGUGGGAGUGAAUCUCCACCCGAGCAGCUGGUAACUUCCUGCUAUUGCGCCUCUACGGUGGCCAUUUUAAUGAACAAUUCCUACUGUUCCGUUCAAUCAUAGUUCAUAGCUAAUGCAUACUGCCUAAAUGACAUGAGAUAACGACAUGAAUCCCAUAUGAUACAGCAACGUCGUUGGUACGAAGGUUUUGCGUCAUGACAUACUCACACACAAAUUUAACAUUUUUCUAGUCCUACAUGCAGCGCCAACCCCGACAUCAAGUUAUCGCUUUACAUUCUUAGGUAGAACCAUCUAUGAUACAGGUGUAAUUUAAAAUGCUAGUUCAAAGAAAUCAUGUUUAUUUCCCACAUUCAGCACAUCCCCCUGGAAGUCACUCAUUUGUAACCAUGUUCAUCAUUCAUGUUAUUCAUUCUGCGGGAAAGCAGUACACUGCAUGCUCAUAGAAUUGAUUUUACACCAUCGAAUUCGAUUGUAUAUUAACAAGACUGCUUCUACAUUCUCGGUGAUGACUCCGUAGUAAACUUUUGCUUUUGAUUUAUUCUUAUAAGUGCUAGAAGAUAGCAGGAAGCUUCAGGAUACUGGUUGAUACUUAUCCUUUUCUCUUUUCUAUCUUCCUCUGGUCUUUCUUUUUUCUAGUUAGGUCGGCUCCACCACAGCUUAUAUGUGCUAGAAUAUAUGGAGUAAUUGAUCGGAUGGGGAGAUUGGUGCCAUCUUCUGUGUUGGUCGAUUUCUUGACUAUUGCAAUUCGAUACGUGCGACUCUUCUUGUGUCAAUUUAGGGCAUGAUUUUGUUUCGUGCGAUUCUGCAUUUACGGUGAUUACGAAGUCGGGUCGAGCCGACUCUCGAGCAAUAAAGUUGUAUAAGCGCCUUCGGCGGGAGAAAAUGCACAGGUUGGGUUGAAGACAGCAAUUUUGGUUUUAGGCAAUGAAUGUGCUUAAGGUCUUGGUGUAUGAGCCAGGGACUAUGGUGAAAAGGGGGUCUACGCCUCGUCUUUACUGCUGACCCUGAAAAAAACAAAAGAAGGAAAAUGGCCGAAUGGACUGCGGGA